UAGAUUGAGUUCAUAGAGUCUAUCUAGAUUCUAGACUCUAAAAUGGAUUCGCCACUUGAACUUUUUACAACUUGUGAAAAUUGUAAAAAGCAACAACAUACAAAGGGCUCACAACAAUUAUUCUUAAAAGCAGUCUCUGUCUGGAUUAAUAAACCUCAUGUCGUCAAUCGACGUUUGUGUGGAUCGAAAAUUGUUCACGUUUACAGAGUUCAGACAACGUCUGAACUGCUGGAAAUUUUACACUAUUUACAGAAGAUCAAUGACAAUUCUCACACUCAUGCUACAAGUGCAAACAUUGGACUAGAUUUAGAUUUAAAUCUAGAUCUAGAAGGAAAUGAACAGAGUUUGGAUUUGUCUGAUGAAGUACAUCCUUUUAUUAUUAUUCUUAGAGAACUAAUCCCAAAAUCUGAAUUUUUUCCAAAGCUUUUUGAGGCUGUUAUUUUUGAUAAAGAAAGGCUGAUCAUCUCUUUUUUGGCUUUAAGCCAGGACUGUAAAGAGGAAGUCAAGUCCACAACUGAACUCAGUUACAGCAUUCAGUUCAAAUCAAUCAACAAAGAUCUGCCAGGCUGGGCAGCAGGAAAUGAAAUGGUUUUGUACUGGUCAUGUGACCACAGUGAGACAAAAGAAUCCCCAAGGCAAAUGACUUCCAUAUGGCUACAGUCAGUGCUGCUUGAUAAAUUGGUCAUCUGGUCACACAUUAAUGAUAUCUCCAUAUCACUUAGAUCUCUCAAGCUUGUCUCUAUUGAUGCUUAUAAAGAUACCUACAUUCGCUUGAAGAAUACGUAUGGGAGAGAUCUUGUGAAGAAUUGGACUGAACGAACAGAUCCUAAGAAGUUUGUGUAUGAAGAUGUAGCUAUUGCUGCUUACCUUCUGCUCAUUUGGGAAGAUGAGAGAAAGAAGAAAAAUCUUACAAAGAAACAAAGUUUUGUAGAUUUGGGCUGUGGCAAUGGGUUGCUGGUUUACAUUCUAACAAAGGAAGGGUACAGAGGUCUAGGCAUUGAUCUGAGGAAGAGGAACAUUUGGGACACAUUUGGUACAGAUAUUGAUCUCAGGGUUGAAACCAUCAGUCCAUCAGCUGAUCACCUGUAUCCAGACUUUGAUUGGCUUAUUGGUAACCACAGUGAUGAAUUGACUCCUUGGAUCCCAGUCAUAGCAGCAAGAUCAUCAUAUGAGUGCUCAUUUUUUGUGAUACCCUGUUGUCAUCAUGACUUUGUGGGCAAGUUUGGAGUGAGUGAAAAAGGGAAGAGCAGAUAUGAAUCCUACCUGGACUAUGUCAAGGAGAUCAUUUCCCACUGUGGCUUUGUGCCAGAAUCUGACAGUUUGAGAAUACCAUCAACUAAACGGAUUUGCUUUAUUGGUAGAACAAGGACUUAUACUAAAGAAAAUGAGGCAUCAAAAGAUAUUGAGAGGCAGGCUUUUAUUGACAAGCGGACUACCCACAGUCAGGCACUCAUGGUGCACCGACAAAAAUACUCCCACUUACCAACUAAGACAAUUGAAACCACUGCACAUGGUCUUCAUGCCGCUGACCUCUCUUCUUUAGAAAAGGACUUAGGUGUCCAAUUAAAAGAUAAGAGCCCAUCUUUAGAAAUUAAAGACCUCAGUGAUAACUCUUGCUUAGACAAAAGAAAAUGUUUAGAUUUCGAGGAUACCUCAUCUCUAGACUGUAAAGAGGCAUGUCUGAAAAGGUUCAGAGCUGAUAGUGCUUCCUGUAAGGAAAGUGUGGAGUGUGAUAUAGAAACAGAUUGUGCAGAAAAGUUUGAAAGUCUGGCUACCACCAAUCAAAUGCAAGAAAAAGCAAAGCAAUGGGCUUCUGAAUUUCAGCCGAGGGCAGCGGAGCAGAAAGUCAGAAAUUGCCAGGCUGUGCCAGAACAUGUGAAGAUGUCAAUCGUCAACACUGUGUUCAAGCUUGUUCUUGAAGCUCCAGACGCCACCUGUGUUCAGUUAGAUAGUGGCAGAAGUUGGAAGAAGGGAGGUUCCAUAACUCUGAACAGUAUUGUAGAUCAUUUGGACAAAAGUACAUUAGUUUCCCUCAAGUCUGAAUGUGGAGGCCUACAGACAUUGUUACGCAAUCACAGCUACAUCUUUCAAGUAACUGGAGGACGUGUGCAGCUCCGUGAUUUCACCCAGCCCAAUCCUUGGCUGGGCAGGAACCCUAACAAAUUGAAAAGAAAACAAAGGAUGCAGCCAGGAGACAAGAAGAAGACAACUCUGUGUUGGUUCCACAUUCACCACCCAGAGGGCUGCCCACUGCCCAGUGAGGACUGCCAAUUUGCUCACAGUGAAACAGAACUCAAAACAAAAACAGCCUCUUCAAAUUGACAAUGUUAUGUUGUGUAAUUGAGUAUUGUACAAGAGUGAGUCUGAAUAGUGUUGAGAAUGACUGAGUACUGUUUCAAUGUGAGUGGAGAUAUUGAGAGUGAGUAUGAAUAUCUGAGUACUGUUAUGGUCUGAGUGAAAGUAUUCAGUUGAAUAGUGUUAAGAACAGCUGAGAAUUGUUUUGAUAUGAGUAACAAUUUUGAAAUUCUGUGAUAUCUUUUAAAUGUAAUUAUUGCAUUUACAGUCUAUUAAAUCUCUAUAGCGCCAAACAAAAACAAUUGGUAAAAAUAUUUCUAAUUGCACAGAUUUAUUGUUGUUGGUCUAGAUCUAUUGCAAAUCUAAUUACAUGACUUAAUUCAAACUAGCUAAUACAAUUACAAUUCAUAUAAGCUUUGUUUUUUUAGGGUUUUCAUGUUUUCAUUAUAAUUGAAAGUAUUAACUGACUGUAUUGUUAAGUUAACAUUUUUAAUUACUUUUUUAGGACAUUGGCAAAUGAAUUAAUAUGUAAGUUGUCCAACUUCUUUGUUCAGCAAAACAUAGAAGAAAAAGAGCUUGUUUUUUUUUUAGCAUUUCAUUCAAAAUGUUUACUUUGCAUUGAUAACAUUUUCCUAAUGUAUAAACACAAAUGACAGUCAAUUGUUCUGAAUGCAGAUAUACGAGGGAAUACAAAUACCAAUUACUUUUUUUUUGUUCUUUUGAUUAUUUAUUUCAAUGUUUACUAAGACAUAUGCUUGACCUAGGGCGUAUAUUUGAACAUUUUACCAAAUUAUUUUAUUAUUUUCAUUAAUUUUGUUUGUCAGUGGAAUUCCGUUACAUAACAAUGGGGUUGAUUCUAAUGAGCACUGACGUUAUGAACAAAUGUGAUCUAUUAAUGUUACCUAUAGUAGCGGGCAUAGCUAAAAAUAGUUGAUGAGAUGUAUUGUCGAUAACAGUCUCAGUGUGACUUUAUUGUUCAUAAUGAGCUCGCCUGUGACCUAUAGCUAGAAUUAAGUUAUUAAGAUCAACUGAUCAGUGUGUAAGAUGUGCUGGCACGUUCGUCCAGUGUCCCUAGGUUAUUAAGUAUAACCUCUAGGUAUAUAAUGAAACUAAUGAAUUCAAAUCAUAAGACUUAAUAAAGUCCCAGGUAAUCAUAAAUACAAAUAGUUUAUUUACGAUUAAAGUCAAAUAACUGGAUAAAUAACUGGUCAUAUGCUCAUAGGCCUUAUCAAUUAAAAAAAAGAAAGAAUCACCCUCUUCAAAAUAGUAUGACACACCACACAUCACAUUAAGUUAUUACAUAACAAUCAUAUGCUAUACUAUACAAUUUGAUGUCUCAUUUAGGAAAACUUUCAGAACCACUUUAUGAUACACAUCAGGAUCAGAAAACAACUUCACAGAGAUAUUACUUAUUGAGAGAUGUGGACUGUAUAUAUGGAGUUAUUCCUCUUAUUACGUAUUAAACAAGUUUUUCUCCCACUUCCCAUUCUCGGAUCAAGCCUAAUGUUAAGCUCUCCCUCUGUACGGUGGGUGCUGUACCGUUGUUCAAGUGAAGACAGCUUCCUACUAGCCUACAUCACGGGCUGUAAUAUGCCCUGCGAAUAUUGUGCUGUCAGCAGCCAAUAGGAAUUCCUUGUGGCAGUCCGGUAGCAAAGUUCCUCAGCAAAUGCAUCCUUUAUUUUUUACAGCAAUGCUUCACAGUCACGUGUCCACCCAUUCAGGAUGCACCUUUUCUGGUUUGUUGGGAUUCAGUCGUCAUCUCAGAAAACUCUUGGAUAAAUCUUCUAUAAAAAUUACACAGUCCCAAUGAACUGCGACCAUGUCUCUUUAGAAGGCUAUACGUGGCCAUUAGUUGACCUGAAGCCCAUGACCUUAUGGUAUAUGAAUCUUGAAUAUAUAUAUAAGAUUAUUUUUGAUCGAGAAAGCCUGUGAACUAGUGUGAACAUAACAAGUGUGUGAUGUGAUAUUAAAGUAAUAAAGUUGUGUUCCUCUUGGUGGCCGAGUUAUUUAGUGUUUGAUAAUUCCAGCUGAACCCAAGGGACGCCUAGACGUUACGUGAGAAACUAGUGUAGAGCUAAUUGAAUAAGUUGUAACAUUUAGGAAGAGUGGAUGAACUAUACUUCAAAAGGGGGCCUCCACUAAAUAGCCCUAUUUUUCUCAUAAGGAGAACUCCACUUUAUGCUCCUAUUGUUUGGUAAGAAGCUUCCACUCUAUGCUCCUAGUGGUUCAAAAGGAAACCUCCACUCUCUCUAUAUAUAUAUAUUUCUAAUGUUUUAUAUUAAAAUUCCACUAUUUCUAUUGCUUCAUAAGGAAUAACGUUCUAUUACGCCUUCUUUACGUCAGUGUUGUAUGUCCAGUACAAAACAGUCGAGCAUUAAAUUGAUUUAUUAAUGUACAAGAACGUAAACUACGUAAUAAUGAUAAUUAAUGCUGGAAAUAAAAAAGAAAGAAUAACUGAAAACUUUUUUUAAUUACGCAGGUGACUGUAAAUGAAAAUUAUUUGGUGAGAGAUUUUUUUU